AGGAAGAGAAAAGGAGGGAAGAAGGGAAGCGGAGACGGUGAGAGCUGGACCUUGCAGACCCUCGAGCAGCAGCCAGUGUGCUCAGAGGAACCAGCUGGGAUGGAGGUGGGCUCACAGGUCACAGUUGUCAGAAGCAAUCGGAUGGUGAUAAAUGACGCCGUCAUCCCAGCCGAAAUCGUCAUCGUGGGGGGCCGGAUCGCCCAGAUCCUGCCCAUUGGAAGCCGAGUCCAGAGCCAGGGGGAAAAGGUGCUCGAUGCUGGUAACCUGGUGGUCAUGCCGGGCAUCGUAGACUCUCAUGUGCACAUCAACGAGCCGGGACGCACGGCCUGGGAGGGAUUCCACUCGGCGACCAGGGCCGCCGCUGCCGGGGGCAUCACCACCCUGGUAGACAUGCCGCUGAACUGCCAGCCCCCGACCACCACCUUGGACAAUUUCCACAGCAAGCUCAGGGCGGCCAGGAGGCAGUGCUACGUGGACGUGGCCUUCUGGGGCGGGCUGGUCCCUGGGAACGCUAAUGACCUGAGACCCAUGAUGGAGGCCGGCGUGCCAGGCUUCAAAUGCUUCCUGAUUGACAGCGGGGUGAAAGAAUUCCCCCAUGUCGGCGUCCAGGAUCUGCACGUGGCCAUGAAGGAGCUGCAGGGAACAGACUGUGUGCUUCUGUUCCACGCAGAGGAAGAGCUGGACGUGGGGAAACCUGUCGGCGGAGAACCCUCGGAGUACAGCACGUUCUUAGCAUCCCGCCCGGACGCCAUGGAGGUCAAGGCCAUCCGGACCAUCUGUGAGCUGUGUCUCCAGUAUAAGGUGAGGUGCCAUAUUGUUCACCUGUCAAGUGCCCAAGCCCUGCCAAUCAUCCAGGCGGCGAGGAGGGAGGGGGCACCGCUCACCGUGGAGACCACCCAUCACUAUCUCUCCCUGGAGGCUUCGGAGGUGCCCCCUGGAAGCACCCAGUACAAGUGCUGUCCCCCAAUCAGGAGCAAGAAGAAUCAGGAUCAGCUGUGGGUGGCCCUCCAGAAGGGGGACAUUGACCUGGUGGUCUCGGACCACUCGCCCUGCACGGCAGACCUGAAGCACUUGGACAGCGGCAACUUCCUGCAGGCCUGGGGGGGCAUUUCCUCCUUGCAGUUCGGACUCCCCCUUUUCUGGACCUCGGCCAGACUCAGAGGGUUCGCCCUUCCUGACGUGGUCAGGUUUAUGUGCACGAAUCCAGCCAAACUCAGCGGGCUGGAGACACACAAGGGGUCCCUGCGCCCGGGCCACGAUGCUGACCUGGUGAUCUGGGAUCCAGACAAGGAGCUGGAGGUCAAUGAAAGGAUGAUUCAGCACAAAAACAAGCUGACGCCCUACCUGGGCUUUCGCCUUCUUGGAGAGGUUUUCGCCACCGUGGUCCGCGGCAACCUGGUUUACCUGAAUGGGGAGUUCUCGCCGACGCCACUUGGGAAUCUGCUUCUGGUGGGAAAUGAUAAACUCCGGGGGAGAGACAGCAUCUGCUAGCUGCUGCCAGGGCUCAGCACAGGCGCCUCCUCCUCCAGGAAGCCCUGCUGGUGCCUCCGGCCUCACUCCCUUCGCAAAUGUAACUUUGUACUUGGUAUAUUGUGAGUCAAGUUUCCUGUGUACGUGAUCUUCCUCAGGCCUCACGCCUUGGGAGAAGAAGCUCCCUGAGAGCAAACGCUCGCUCUAUUCUUUGUGUCAUCCACGCCUGGUAUACUGUGGCGAUUAAUAAAUGCUCGCUGGGUUGCUUUGGACUGAAUUCAUAGAGAAUAGAGCAGCCACUUGGCCGUGACUCAACCUCCUGACACUCUAGACAUGCUGGCCAGAAGGGAAAGGGGGAGAGGGGACGGUGUGAUCAUUGGGACAGAUUCGAAAACUCCCCCAAGGCGGGCCACAGGCUGAGGGCCAGGUGGGACGUGCUACUUGGGGUCUCCAGGCAGGCUCAGAGAUGAUGAGAGUCACCACCAAGGGGACACUCCCAAGGCCUGGGGCCCGGGACGUCGAGAAAGUUCCCUCUGCCCCCAAGUGCCGCCCGCAGUCCCACAGCUCAAGAGAUUCCACUAGCUUUGUCUCAUGUUAAAAGAGAAAAUUCCCCCAGAAUGGGGACACCUGGAGCAUGUGCAGAAGCAGCAAAGUACCAGGGGGUGAAGGUUAGAUUGGGGUUAGAGGUUCUGGGAGUGAAACUCAGCUCGGUCACAUUUCCAGGGGACCUUCCCCCAUUGGGGCCUCAGUUUCCUCAUGUGUGAUGUGAGGAGCUUGGACCAGACGGCAUCUCAGGGCCUUUGCAGAAAGCUGUGGCUGAUUCUUCAUUUACACUUUGGGUGACUGAGCUCAGGGGCUUUUGAUUAUAGGAGAGAACAGCAGGAAGGCCCCGGGGCCUUCAGGGAGGUGGUUAAGCCGGGGCACCCCCCUCUAGGGAGAGGAUUCGGCCACUGGCCAUUGCGCCCCCGCCAAGUCCUGCAGGUGCGCUGUGACACUGAGCCCCGAGCCGCUCACAUUUCCAAGCACAGAGGGCACUGAGAGGCAGGGCGGGCAGAGGCUGGGGAUUGGCCUCCAGACCAUCCUCCCCCGGGGCUGCUGGGCGACCCUGGGCAAAGCUCAGGACCCUAGGGACCUUCUGCACGAACUGCAGAAACCUUGCCCUGCAUGGGCGGUGGGAGACUUGCUCUCCCAGAGUUCCCUGUGCCAGGGAGAGCCCAGCAUUCAGGAAAUGGGACGGGCCCAGGGGCACUGAGUCCCCGCGGAUGGAGGGAUGCCAGCAGAGGUAAGUGAUGGUCGGCUACCGUCAGCAUGCUUUGGGCU